CGAUUAAAUAAUUAAAACUACUUGUUCAUUCUCAUUGCUGAUUGCUCUCAUUCUUUGAUUGUCGUUGCGCUGCCAUCGAAUCAAAUCGAAGACGAUAAAAGACGCACGGUAGUAGGAGGCGGCGGUAAUAGUCGCAUCGACACGGACAUCGCCAGUCCGUUCGACUGCGCAGAGUCCGGCCGUGACUUGCGAAUUGGUCGUGCGAGAUGACGAAAAUACUCCCUUGGCUCCUGGCGCUAGUCGCCUGCGCCGCCGGCUUCUCGAGGGUGCCGCUGUUCCGCAUGCAGACGGUGCGCAAGCACCUGCACUCGGUGGGCACGGAGCUGCAGAUGGUGCGCAUCAAGUACGCCGCCGCGCCGGCGCCCGCGCCCGAGCCGCUCUCCAACUACCUCGAUGCACAGUACUACGGGCCCAUCUCCAUCGGCAACCCGCCGCAGUCCUUCAAGGUGGUGUUUGAUACCGGCUCCUCCAACCUGUGGGUGCCGUCCAAGAAGUGUCACUACACUAACAUUGCCUGCCUGCUGCACAACAAGUACGACAGCAGCAAGUCGUCGUCGUACCGGCGCAACGACACCGCCUUCGCCAUCCACUACGGCUCGGGCAGCCUGUCGGGCUUCCUGUCGGCCGACGACGUGUCGGUGGGCGGGCUCACGGUGCGCGCGCAGACCUUCGCCGAGGCCAUGUCGGAGCCCGGCCUGGCCUUCGUGGCCGCCAAGUUCGACGGCAUCCUCGGCAUGGCCUUCUCCAGCAUAUCGGUGGACGGCGUGAUGCCGGUGUUUGACAACAUGGUGGCGCAGGGCCUGGUGCAGCAACCCGUCUUCUCCUUCUACCUCAACAGGGACCCGGCGGCGGCGCAGGGCGGCGAGAUCAUCCUGGGCGGCUCGGACCCGGCGCACUACCGCGGCAACUUCACGCGCGUGCCGCUGUCGCGCGCCACCUACUGGCAGUUCGCCAUGGACGGCGUGCGCGUGCGGGGCCAGGCCUUCUGCGGCGGCGGCUGCCAGGCCAUCGCCGACACCGGCACGUCGCUCAUCGGCGGCCCGGCGGCGGAGGUGGCGCGCCUCAACGCCGCGCUGGGCGCCACGCCGCUGGCGUUCGGCCAGUUCGCCGUGGACUGCUCGCUGGUGCCCGCGCUGCCCGCCGUCACCUUCACGGUGGCCGGCGCCGACUUCACGCUGCAGGGCGCCGACUACGUGCUGCGCGUGGCGCAGUUCGGCAAGACCGUGUGCCUGUCGGGCUUCAUGGGGCUGGACGUGCCGCCGCCCAACGGCCCGCUGUGGAUCCUGGGCGACGUGUUCAUCGGCAAGUACUACACCGAGUUCGACGUGGGCGGCCGCAGCAUCGGCUUCGCGCCCGCCGCCUAGGCCGGCCUGCGCGCCACGCGAUGCGGCUUCGAGCUGACUGGUACUAGAUGACGUCAUCAUGUUAUCUGAGCAGCAGCAGCAGCAGCAGCCGCCGCCAACUGACGCUGCUCUGCUUGUCCUACAAUAGUGAUCGAUUACAUACCAAUAAAUAAUAAUAAAAUACUUUUAAACUAUGACUGCGUUGUUAAGUUUUAUGUAUUUCCAGUUACAUUACAGCAUACUUUAAGUAGAUUUUAGAUCUUGUGUUUUGUUUUAUUUAUUUUAUAGAUCAGCUGUUGUCACUUGCAACUUUGCCCUUGUGAAAUUUACGUUUUUAUUUUUCUGUAAAUAAUUGUCUUAAAUGACAUAUUUAGCUUUUGAGAAAUCCUAAUUUGCCCUUGAAUUAUUUUGUUCUUUCUAGAAAAAUCCAUGUUCUCGUGUACCACGGAGACCGUUUGCUGUUUUAUGUGUUAAUGUAGAGCAAUUAAAAAAAAAAAUGUUUGCAGAAUUCUCUUGAAAAUUUGAGCAAUGAUUACUAGUCUUCAUGAUAUAUAUCCAUUACUAUUAAUUAAAAUAAUACUGAGAUAAUAAUAAAUAAAAGUAGCAGUUUUAAAUGAAUUUUGAAAUGAUUACCUUUUAACUAGAACUCAUGACAAUAUUGUUAUACAUAACUUAGCGUUUUUUUAAAUGUAUUUAUUUCUAAUAAAUUUCUUUCAAAGUGAA